CAUUUAAAAUUUCAAAGAAAUUACGUAUAAAUGAAUAAUAAACCUUUAUUCUGCAAUUAACUUAACUAUCAUAGUGUAGCUAUAAAUCUCAAAAAAUAUGAUUAUUUUUUUGUAAAUUGCGAAUGUACGAUAAAUUAUUCUUUUAAGAAGUUUCAUUUUGAUACAGUGUCAUCUAUUACGAAACGUUUCUUUUUAAAUAAACAUUAUCAAAGAAAAUGAGGCUAAGUCAGAUAUUUUUUAAGCAAAAUGCAAGAGCCCCUCAACGUCCAGAUAAAGUGCCAUUUAAAGAAAUAAUGCCAUUAAAACUAAGAAAUAGAGUUGCUGGAGGCACAACCAAAACAUUGGAGGGUAAAUGUCUAUAUGAGAUGUCAUUAGUAUUUGCAUGUUGGAAAAACAGUAAUUUUGAACCUAAUAAAUGUCACAAAGAGGUGCAAAACUUUUAUGGAUGUUAUAAUAGAUAUGUGAAAGACGCAGCGUUACAAAAGGAAUUUAAAAAAGUCACUGUUCCCAGUCCUAAUGCUAAGGUUUUUACUAAAGAUCAAAUUACCUAUCUUUUAGAAAAGUAUCCGAGUGUAUGAUGAUCUCAAAUAGAACAUUAGAAUAUUUUGUAGAAAAUAUUUUAUUAUAUUUCAAUUGUCACUUGUACAAAAUUCAUUGUUAUAAUAUUUUCAUUAUUAUAAUAACUCAUCAAUAUUAUUAAAUAA